GUUAUAAGAAAGCUGCGUUUCCAUUGCUGCACUCACAGUCACAGACAGACAAGAGAGGGACGGACUUGGACGCACGUCAAGAAGUCCACCGACCGAUGCGACGCUAGUGCCAAAAACACUUCAGAAAAUACACGAGAAAUGGGGAAACGAAAGGAGCUCAAAUUGGAAAUUCAUGAAAGUGGAAAGACAAGCAAAUCACAGAAACUUUGUGGAACCAACUACCCUGUUUGUAUCUCCUUCAUUGUGGUGAAUGAGUUCUGUGAACGCUUCUCCUACUAUGGCAUGAAAGCGGUGCUGACGCUGUACUUCAUCAAUUACCUGCAUUGGGACCAGAACCUGUCCACAGCAGUGUACCAUGCCUUCUCCAGCCUCUGUUACUUCACCCCUGUUCUGGGGGCCCUCAUUGCUGACUCCUGGCUGGGCAAGUUCAAGACCAUUGUUUACCUCUCUGUUGUCUAUGUGCUCGGUCAUGUCGUCAAGUCGGUUGGGGCCAUACCGAGUGUGGGGGACUCGACCAUACACAUAGCAUUGUCUAUGGUGGGGCUGAUCCUUAUAGCCUUUGGUACAGGAGGCAUCAAACCCUGUGUAGCAGCGUUCGGAGGUGAUCAAUUUGAUGAAGAACAUACGAACGAAAGGAGGAAAUUCUUCUCCAUUUUCUAUAUGUCCAUCAAUGCUGGGAGUGUCUUAUCGACAGUCAUCACUCCAAUACUGCGAGGAAAUGUGCAGUGUUUUGGCGGGGACUGCUACGCUCUUGCUUUCGGAGUACCAGCCAUUUUGAUGGUCAUUGCUCUAGUCGUGUUCAUCUCUGGAAGUGGGAUGUAUAAGAAGAGUCCACCUGAGGGGAACGUCUUAUUGGAUGUGUGUCGGUGCCUGGGGUUGGCCAUCAAGAACCGGUGGAUGAGUUCUAAGUAUGACUCUAAGAGGAAACACUGGCUGGACUGGGCAGAGGAGAAGUAUCCGAAACGUCUGAUCCAUGAGAUUAAGAUGGUUCUGAGGGUUCUGGUGCUCUUCAUCCCUCUGCCCAUGUUCUGGGCUCUGUUUGACCAGCAGGGAUCCCGCUGGACUCUCCAGGCCACCCGGAUGAACAUGGCCUUUGGAUCAGCAUUCGUUCUGAAGCCUGAUCAAAUGCAGAUGUUAAACGCUCUGCUGAUCCUCAUGUUUGUGCCUAUCUUUGACGUGGUUGUCUACCCACUCAUAGGCCUGUGCAGGAUCAAUCUCACGCCGCUGAAGAAGAUGGCUGUUGGUAUGAUCUUUGCAGCGCUGGCCUUCGGUGCUGCCACCUUGGUGGAGGUCAACGUCAUGAAAACAGUGGUGGAGCCUGCACCUUGUGGACAGUGUCUGCUACAGGUCUACAACCUGGCUGACAGUGACGUCAAACUAAGCAUCCCUGGGAGUAACCUAUUCUCACAACCCAUCAAAUCCUAUGAGGAUCCUCAAGUAUAUCAGCAUCUUGAACUGGGGGGACACAACAAGACCAUCACUGUGGGGAUCAAUCACAAUGGACACUUUCAUGAGUGUAGAGAGACUUUCACAGAGCAGAAAGCCUACAGUCUCGUCCUGCACAGCAACACCUCGGGAAUAGUGUGUCAACUCGUGACAGACAACAUACUUAAAAGUGAAAAAAUGGAAGCAUACCUGAGGUUCAUAAACACGCGGAGUGAGGCUGUGAACGUAACGAUGGCUGGUGUGGACUUUCACAUACCCGCUGACUAUGGCAUAUCUCCCAAUAAGAGUGUGGAAAGAAAGGAGUAUACAAGCGUGAGGUGUACAUCAGGCUCACAGGAUUUCUCCAUCAACCUGGGCCUGCUCGACUCUGGAGCUUCAUACACAGUCAUCCUCAAAGGGGGCUCUGGAGACAUCAUUCCCCAGAAGAUGGAGGAUGUGAAGGCCAACAAUGUUCACAUAGCCUGGCAGAUCCCCCAGUAUGCCCUGAUGACAGCAGGAGAAGUCAUGUUCUCCAUCCCAGGCAUCGAGUUCUCCUAUUCACAGGCCCCAGCCAACAUGAAGUCACUGCUGCAGGCCGGCUGGCUGCUGACUGUAGCCUUUGGCAAUGUCAUUGUGCUGAUCGUAGCAGAGGGGGCAGGUCUGGAACAGUGGAUGGAAUUCCUGCUGUUCGCUGGCCUCCUGAUGGCAGUCUGCAUCAUCUUCUCCAUCAUGGCUUACUUCUACACCUACGUAGACCCAGGCGAGCUAGACAAGCUGUUCCCAGACAAGACAAUCAAUGAGGAUGAAGAUGACCUGAAGAAGGACCAGACAGACGACACUAUGUACUUGAACUCAAUAGAGAAGAGCACCAAUAUGUAGUCUGGUGACUAACUUCAGAGUAUUUCUCUCUCAAGAGAUUUGUAAGCCCCCAGAGUGGAAUCUUUUUUGUUUUAUACAUUUGUAAAUCGAUGCAAAGUAUUAAGAUAUGGUGAUUGAGUGUAUUUUACUUGCUGAACCCUACUAUGUUGUUAGUUAUUGUCACCUGUCUGUGUGAUCUUAU